AUGCAUGCAAUUUGGUUCUAUCCAGCAGCAGCAGAUGUUUGGUCAGAAUCAAACACUGUCAUACAGAAGUGGAGAUCAAAUAAAACUGACUUACUAGAAUUAUGGGACAUAUUGGUGGAGAAGGUAAGCAAAGAUGUGUUAGAGGAGAUAGCCAUGGUUAUGAGGAACAUCUGGUUAAGAAGAAAUGAGUUCAUCUUUGAGAGAGUUUUUAAAAGCCCAAGCCAAGUGAUAAAAGCAGCUAGAGAUGAAUUAAGAGUGUUCCAACUAGUUCAACAGAAUGCACGACAAACCCCAGCUCCAAGAGUAGAAAGAGAGGCUGUUCUGUGGAGCAAACCAAGAGAGUCCUUUGUUAAAGCAAAUUGGGAUGCAGCAGUGUCCAUAAAAGAUAGAAAGGUGGGGCUCGGGGUGGUUAUUAGAGAUGAGGGAGAGGAGAUUUUGGUUGUUGCAAGAGAACAGAAAAAAAUUUUGACAGAUUCUGCAACAGCUGAAUGUCUUGCACUUUGGAAAGCCAUGGAAGUGUGUAGAGAGCUCAACUUCAAUAGAGUUUUAUUCAAAGGUGAUGUUCAAGUCAUAGUGAAUGCUGUCAAUAAAGGGGAAGAGGAUUUUUCCUCUUAUGGGAGUGUAGUUGAAGAUGCCAAAAAGUUGCUAAAAGCUAUAGAGAACUGGAGUGUUAAUUUUGUUUAUAGGGAAGCAAAUGAGGCAGCUCAUGUUUUAGCUCAUGAAGCUUUAUUUUUACAUCCUGAUAUAGUUUGGAUUGAAGAGAUUCCUAAUUGUAUUAGGAGUAUCAUCUGUAAGGGGAAAUCCAGUAAUGAGGUUAUAGUUCAAUGA